UUUUUUUUUGCAUUGUUUUACAACCAUGAUCUUCCCCAAGCCUACUUCAUACUACGAGAAAGGAUUCAAACGCUCGCCUGCUCUUGAGCGAGCAACCGCUCCUUUCCGUGUUAGAAAUGCUCUAACUGGUGCUGGCAUUGUGGUCUUUUGUGUUUCUGUCUAUGCCUACUCCAUCAUGGCUGUAAAACAGGAUGAUUUCUCGGAUAUCCAGCUCCCUGCUCAUGUUAUCGCUCAGCAAAAGGAUGCUGCUGCUGCUAAAGCUGCAGCAUCAACACCAGCUUCAACACCAUCCUCGUCUUCUUCAUCAGUAUAGAACAAAGCACCAAAAGCAUGGAUAUUAACAUAAAAGGAAACAAG